AUGGGAGUGCCAAGACUUAAAAAGUUUAUCAAAGAGAAUAGCGAAUACCUAAGCAGAGAUUUAACACUAAAUUUGCCUAAUACAAUAAUAAUUGAUGGUACCAACGUGCUCUAUGAAAUUUACCACAAGAAAGGACUACAAAACGAUAGCGAAAACUUAGAGAAGUUGCACGACUUUGUCAGCACAAUUAAAAAAUAUGUAAAGCCUAUUUUUAUCUUUGAUGGCGGUCAUGCUAAUGACCAAAAGUUUCCAACUAUGAUAGAACGUCGCAAGAACACUUUGCAAAAGAAAGAAUGUAUUUUUCUCAGCGACAAUUGGAUAAAAAUACUUAAAGAAUUGGAUGAAAUUCAAAUAGCUCGGUGUGACUUUGAAGCAGACCAUGAAAUCGCAAAAAUAGCAAGUGCGUACGAGUGCCCAGUACUAUCGGGAGACAGUGAUUUUUAUCUUAUGGAUCUUAAACAUGGAUUCAUUCUUUAUGAUGAUUUUAAAUGGGAAGAAGCGAAAAAUGGAAUCAAAUGUAAAUUAUACCAUCGUGAAUUUUGGGAAAAAAUGGGUGUUAAAGAAGAAUGUGUUCCGUACUUGGCAGCAUUUGCUGGAAAUGACAUUAUUAAACCCCAAAAACCAGGAAAGGUAGAGGAUAUCGUCCCUUUCCUAAAAAAGAACUCAUUGGAUGAAGUUCUCAAAUAUGUCGGUGCAAAAUUGAAGCCUUUAAUAUCAUCAUGCUAUAGUUUACCUGAAACCUCAUUAGUCGUUGAAUACCUUAGAACACCGGACAACAGGCCUAUAAGUCAAUUAAGUUCUCAUUUUCCUGAUUGGUUUAUUGAACUUUACCGAAAAUGUGAAGUAGGUAAAUAUGUUGUGGAUGUCGUUUUGCAUAAGCGACGAUUUUUGGGCCACAAUGUGGGUUACACAGAUACGUCUUUGCGUUUACGCCAAAUGCAAUAUGGUAUUCUCAUAAAUGACAGUAAGUCUACCAUAACAGAGUAUCAGCCUUAUGUGGCCUUGGGAGAUAUGGCAAGUGAGCUUAAAGAAAAGAAUGUAAAACCCAUCACACAGUUGCAAUUAAGAAAUAUUCCAAAUUUAAAGAUGAUUACUGGGAUGGAUUUAGAACAUCGUAAGGAUUUGUUUUACUGUUUCCUUGAAAUCGAGCAAAGUGUGUGUGAAGAUAAAAUAGAUCUGUUCCACCUCCCAAUCGCAGCCUUGGCAUUUUGGUGGAGAAAUAACCAAUUUACUCCAGUACAGUCUAAAGAAAGAAAGAUAUCCAAGAAUCACAAACAUGAAUUUUCACAGUGGAUGGCUAUACUGAAACAUACGAUCUAUUUAAACCAACUGUUGAAAUUUCCAAUCACCAAGUGCGACGUCACUGUUAUUACAAGCAAAGUUUUUAGUAAGUUGUUCGAAGAAAAUAAGAAACAACGUUCACAAGGAGAAAAUUCUGCAGGCCUAUCUGAACAAGAAGAGUUGUACAAUGCCCUGGAAUUAUUCAUUGAUCAAUUAUAUCAAUCCUAG